UCCACGUCAGCAGCAAGCCAACCUCUUCCAAGUUUCAACAGAAGCAGCAGAAAAACUUGGCAGUUUUAACUACGAACCUCAAAUGAGGCCGGCUUUUGUUGCUUUAAACUCUCCCACUCCCUCAAACACACAAGGCUAAGUCUUUGUGUCUCCUGCCUAUAUCAGAUUCUCUUUGUUAGUUUAUCAGUCUCAAUCACCAACUCGAUUACACACUUUAAUCUCAUAUACAUGUAUAUUUUUUUCUUCCUAGGCUAGGACCAUAGGUUUCCGAGAUUUUCAAGUUUUUUCCAGCCUUAUAAAUUGGAAUUAAUGUUCCAUGAUGUCAAUCGUUCUCUAGAAUUCAAAGUUCAUUAUGGUGUUCUUUUGUGACUGCUGAGACUUUUAAUUGUGAGCUUUGUUAGGUUUGAAUCUUUUUAAUGCUUCUUUUGUUGCAGAUAAAACGUCAAAGUUUUCAUUAACUUUUUGUGAUUUCACUCCAAAGUACAACCGUGUGUUUAUGUGACAGUUUUUUGCAAUUCAGACUAUUGGGUCUCAGUCAUUGUUUUUGCUUUCUUCCAAGGUUUUCAGAAAUGGCUGUUGACCUCUACUCUGAAAGUUCUAACAUGGGUACUAGUCCUAGAAUUUCAUUUUCUCAUGAUUUUUGCCAAUCAGAUAAUAUAAUACCUGUUGAACAACACCCUCUCCGAUCAAACUCAACUGGUUUGAGUUCUGGUAUAGAUUUUGACUUCUGUGUUCGUGAGAGUUUCGAGCAAGAAUCUUCGUCUGCAGAUGAGCUUUUCUCUGAUGGGAAAAUUGUUCCUGCCGAAAUCAAGAAAAAGGUCACUCGCACAAAGCAAAUAGAUCAGUAUGUGUCUCAUCCACCGUUGCCACCGCCACGUAGUACGAGUGAUACUAGUACUACAAAGCAAGAGAGCUCCAAAGAGAGCUCCAAAGAAAGCAAGGGAUCGAGUAAUGAAGCCGAUGGGAAGCAAAGUUCUAAGUCCUUUUGGCGGUUCAAGCGAAGUAGCAGCUCUGGUAGUGGAUAUGGAAGGAGCUUAUGCCCUUUGCCACCACUUUUAUCAAGGAGCAAUUCAACCGGGUCUGUACCAAAUGCUAAGCGAGCCCCAUUAUCCAAUGAUGGUUCAAAUUCUAAGCAGAGUUCUCACAAACAUUCAUCAAUGAAAGCAUCACAAUCUUCAGCUUCAUCUAGUUACUUAAAGCCUCCAUUGAAGAAAGGUAGUCAUGGAUCUUAUGGAAAUGGUGUUCCGAUUAGUCCUGUUUUAAAUGUUCAUUCAGCGAAUCUAUUUGGAUUAGGAUCAAUGUUCUCGAGUGGCAAAGAUAAGAAUAAGAAAAAGUGAUUGACUUUUGCUGUAAUGAGAUAAUAAUUCAUGUCUAAUUUGCAAUUAUUGUGGAUUGAGUCUUUUUUUUACUA